GACUUAAACUUCGAUUAGUCUUAUUUAGCACAGAUAUGAAAUUAGUUACGCUUACUUCACUCAAUCAUACACUCUAAUUUAACAGACAAAAAUUAACGUAAGGCAAAAAUCAAUACGAAAAUGGAUGAUGAAGACGAUGCGGAUGUGUUGCCACCGGCGAAUCUAAACACUUUUGCCAUACCCAAUGAGCCGGACCUGCUGGUGGAAUAUGAGCUAUACAAUCCUUCGAUGGCCACGCGACGGCUGUACAGCGAGCGCAAACGUCUGAUCUACACGGAGGCAUUCAUCGAGAAGGAACGCCUGGGCACUUUGUCUGAUCUUUCUGUGCGAGCGCUGGCUAAACUGGGCUGUCGCUAUAUUCCCCCGGUAGUAAGACAGGAUCCAUUAAAGAUGCGCAUUUUCUACGAUGCCUUGGACGUUAAUAUGCCGCUGCAGGAUUGUUACUUCGUAGAAGACUUGCGAUUCUGGCGUCGUGUAGUGCUCGCAAAGAGCUCGAACAAGGCACUGUCCCUCAAGAAGAUUGACGAAUAUGACUGGAAAGGCGCAGGCGUGAGCCUCAAGUAUGUAGAACUGGUCGAAGCUUGUCCGGCCGCCUAUUGGCCGGAGGUGAAGAUGGCAAAGCUGGGCCAAUUAGUGCAGCCUUUUGUGCGAACUCUUCACAUCAAACAUUUGCAAUCACUUACAGACGAUGCCUUUCUACACUUCGUCGAAAGCGAAUCGGAGCUGGAUGUGACAUCCGACGAGGGUGGCUUAUCCGAUAUAUCCAGCGACGAGAGGGACACAUCGGAGAGCGGCGAGGAGGAGGGAGAAGAGGAGGAGGAGGCGGCAGCGGCAGCGGCAGCGGCGCUGCUAGAGCAACCACCUAAAAAAAAGCAUGAAGAUCCCACAGUGCACAUCGCUGAAGCCGUUAAGCUGGAUGAAAAGCAAUCAAAAAACUUGGAUUCUGAAUCUGAUAUGCGGAAAACAAAGUCGGUUACGGAGUUGGAUAUAAAGCGACGACAAGCGCGCGCGGCACGUAACGCGGCACGGCAGCAGCUACGCGAGUUGCGCGCGGAGGCGAUGGCCGAGCACGAACGUCGCAAACGACAACGCGUGCUUUUACGAAGAAAGCCCGACCCGCCGCCAAAGUCUAAAAAGAAAAAGAAGAAGGUCAAACAACCCGUCGAUGAUAUUUUCAAUAUGGAUGUGCCCCCAGAGCCGGAAGAUGGCGAGGACAAAAAGGCGGAUGGACGAAACAAGGAGAAGCUGCUGCGACGCUUUAAGCGCUAUGAUUAUCCAGCCAAGCAUUGCCAUCACAUUAAUCUCAGCUUUGUGCGCUUUUUCAUACAUCUCGUCUCGCUGACCAUAGAGUUUCUCGGCCCCGAGAUGGAUCGCACCUACCAUAAGCGACAUAUGAAUUUCUCCUACGAUGACAUGGUCUAUCUGAGCAAGGGUCUGCAACAGUUGCCACAGCUAAAAAUAUUUCGCUUGAGGAACAGUCGGAUGGAUCACAUUAAGCUGUUGAUAUUGGCGCGAGUGCUCAAACAGCUGGAUUCGCUGGAAGUCCUGGACUUUGGGUACGAUCAGCUCAAUGAUAAUUGUAAUGUGGCGCUCGAAAUGCUACUAGAACGGCCGCGUAUGCUCAAGGCGCUCGAGCUAGAGUACAAUAGGCUAGAGCGGACUAGUCUAGUGGCUAUUGGCCAAGCGCUCAAGUAUAAUGCAAUUGGGUAUCCCGAUGGCAGUCCUUUGGAGUACUUGGGCUUAGCUCACAAUCCAAUCAGCGAUGUUGGGCUGUCCUUGCUCGUCGGUGACAUCAUUGGUACCAAGCAUGUACAGGAACUGAAUAUUAAUGGCAUUGAGACUAGUUCGACCCGGUUAGCAACCAUCCUUAGCAGUCUGUUACGCAAUCAUACGCCGUUGCGUAGUGUGGAUAUGGCGGCCACUAAGCUUAAUUCGAGUACGGGAAAUGUCCUGAUCUGCGCUCUACAGACGAAUCAUAAGGUUAUUCAUUUCGAUUGCCGCGCCUGCUGUUUGAGUGAGGAACAGGAGUUUGAGGCAGAUAUUAUUGUGCGCCGCAAUAACUUCGAGCUCCAGCAUACGUAUUUGGGGGAUGAGACACAAACGGAGGAGAGCAUGUUGAAGUUCUUAGCCGGACUUCGGCAUCCCAUUUUAACGAAAAUAGAAUACGAAAUGGCGAAGCGUGAUGAGUGUAUUUUGAAUCGUCCAGCCGAAUCGUCCAGUGAGCCGGUCGUUGCUGAGGAGCGAGUAGGCGAAGAGCAGGAGGAAGAAUAUGAUAUUUGGGCCAUGUUUGGUGUCAGGAAGGCAAGUGUCGUCCAACCCGUCGAACAAGAAUCUGUGAUAUCCUCGCAUCACAGCGAACGUUCAUUCGUCUACAACUCGAAUACAUUCAACUUGCAAGAGAUCCGCGAGCAUCUCUAUUUACCGGGUCCCGAGAAUCGAUAUUACUAUUUUCAGAAGCAAAAGGAAAUGUAAAAUAGUACGUUGGUUAUACAGAUUUUAUAUAGGAUAAGGGUAUGCAGACUAUUAUAGUUAGAGAAUUAAGUGAAUAUAAAAUAUGAAGAUUGUAAUGGCAACGGAGAGUAGACAUAGCUUACAGGGUAUAUAGCGAUUCAGAAGUCUUCAUAUUUGUUUUUGAUCCGAGGACUCAUUGUGCUAACAAAAUUGUUCACUCCACUUGGAUUCUAAAUUAAUUAGCUCUACUAAAACUUGUUUGGUAAUUUGAUCAACACAGAGAAAGGGGCGGCCCCUUUCUCUCUGUCUGCUUUCUGAUUACAUCUCAUUGCAAGUACUUGACAGCCCUAAGCAGCUAUGACUAGGCAUUUCUUGCUGGACACACCUGUUGUCGCCAACAAUUUGAACGUGCAGUCAACCAACAUAUUCCGAUGGACUUUCCUUUGAAGUGUGUUUGUCGCACUGUUUCUGAAGAGCUUCCGCUUUUGCUGACAUGCGAAAUCAAUUGAAAAUACAAAUAUUCAAGUACAAUAAUAAAUAAUAAAUAAUUAUAAUAAUAGUAGUAGUAGUCGAGCAGGAACCGCUAACAAACACCCACAAGCGACGCUUGCCCAAGUUCGUGUGAAUUUAUUGCUUAAUC